AUGUCUUCAAAUCGAAAAAAGACACACUUUCGACCAUGCAUCGACCUUCACAAUGGCCAGGUGAAACAGAUUGUUGGCGGCACGCUUUCGGAGACGGACCCGAGCACGCUCAAGACGAAUUUCGUUGCCAGUCGUCCUUCUACUCACUACGUCGAGUUGUACCGGAAGCAUGGCCUCGAGGGCGGCCAUAUCAUCAAGCUCGGAAGUGGCAAUGACGAGGCCGCACGGCAAGCAUUGCAUGCAUGGAAAGGCCAUUUACAGAUUGGAGGAGGCAUUGAUGAUAAGAAUUGCCGUGAGUGGCUAGACGAAGGAGCGAGCAAGGUGAUUGUCACGUCCUACCUCUUUCCCGAGGGGAAGUUCUCCCUGGAGCGGCUGCAACGCAUGUCUUCUUUGGUCGGCGAGGACAAGCUGGUCAUUGAUGUCAGCUGUCGACGCAGAGGGGAUAAAUGGCUCGUCGCCAUGAACAAAUGGCAGACCAUCACAGACAUGGAGGUCAAUAAAGAGGCCCUUGAUAUGCUCUCGGAGUACUGCAGCGAAUUCCUAAUACACGCUGCGGACGUCGAAGGGCUGUGUCAGGGCAUCGACGAGGAACUUGUAGCAAAACUUGGGCAAUGGGUCAAUAUACCGACGACAUAUGCCGGUGGAGCCAAAAGCAUUGAGGACUUGGCCACAGUCAAUGAGCUUUCCGAAGGAAAGGUUGACCUUACUUACGGCAGUUCCCUUGAUAUUUUUGGAGGCACAUUGGUCAACUUUGAAGAUCUUGUUCAGUAUGAGGAAGCUGCAGAGUGA